GUCGCUGUUGGUGUUCAGUGAAUCUCUGCUCAGUGUCGGCGGAUCUGGUUCACACACACACACACACACACACAGAGAUGGCCGAGAGCGACUGGGACACGGUGACUGUGUUGAGGAAGAAGAACCCCUCUGCUUCUCAGUCCAAAUCCAGACAGGCGGUUGCUGCGGCACAGAGGCGUGGAGAUGACGUGGAGACCACCAAAAAAUGGUCAGCGGGUCAGAACAAGCAGCAUCUGGUGACGAAGAACACGGCCAAACUGGACCAGGAGACGGAGGAGCUGCACCACCAGCGAGUGCCGCUGGAAGUGGGCAAAGUGAUCCAGAAAGGCCGACAAGACCAUGGUCUGACGCAGAAAGAUCUCGCCACUAAAAUCAGUGAGAAGCCUCAGGUGAUCGCCGACUACGAGAGCGGGCGGGCCAUCCCCAAUAACCAGGUCAUGGGCAAAAUCGAGAGAGCCAUCGGUCUGAAGCUUCGAGGGAAGGACAUCGGGCAACCGCUGGAGGCCAAACCCGACAAGAAAUGAAGACGGAGCCUGGAGUCGGCCGGAACCGGAGUCAGACCCGGUGUGGAUCUGGAUCAGGAGAAGGCCGAGAACACUAUAAUCAUUACCAGCAGCUCCACCGGGCCGUGAUCAUCUCUCAGACGGGACGAACAUCUCAUUAAAUCUGCUUCAGGAGAUGUGCCGCUCGUUACUGCUUCCUGCUGACGCCACUGUGGAAACACUCAGGGUCGGGGAAGCUCAUUCACAGCGUGGAAUUAACAUAUAAUAAACAUAAUUAACUUCACAA